GAUUGAAGGUCUCCAAGAUGGCGGAUAAGUUAGACAGACGAAUCAAAGUUGGAGUUCUCACAGUUAGUGACUCAUGCUACAAAGGAUAUGCAGAUGAUAAAAGUGGAUCAAAUCUGUGUCAUCUGAUAGACCAAGACAAAUUAAUCUGUGGAAAUGUUACUGUUAAAGACAUUGUACCUGAUGAAAUUGACAAAAUUAAGAAAACAUUGAAGGAGUGGUGUGAUGUGAAAAAGCUGGAUCUUGUACUAACCACAGGUGGCACAGGAUUUGCUCCAAGAGAUGUAACUCCAGAGGCUACUAAAUCAAUAUUGGAGAAGGAAGCUCCUGGAAUGACUAUUGCCAUGCUAAAAAAAUCGUUGGAGGUCACCGACCUUGCCAUGUUAUCAAGGUUGACCUGUGGCACAAGGGGAAACACUUUGGUUAUCAACCUUCCAGGGAGCACAAAAGGCUCAGAGGAAUGUUUCCGAUUUGCCUUACCUGGGAUCCCACAUGCUGUUGACCUCCUCAGGGGCAGUGAUAAGUCUGUGAAAGACACUCAUGCCAAGUUGCAGGCAGAAGGAGUUGUUGAGCCAUCCAAGGAACAUGUUCACCCCAAAGGUCACGACGAGGGGGAUAGUGACAAUCACCAUAGAGAAAAAUAUCACCAUGGUGGUCAUCACCGCGGAAGUCAUCACCAUGGAGAAGGUCAUCACCAUGGAGAAGGUCAUCACAAAGGAGAAGGUCAUCACCAUGGAGAAGGUCAUCACCAUGGAGAAGGUCAUCACAAAGGAGAAGGUCAUCACCACGGAGAAGGUCAUCACAAAGGAGAAGGUCAUCACCACGGAGAAGGUCAUCACCAUGGAGGUCAUCACCACGGAGAAGGACAUCACCAUGGAGGUCAUCACCAUGGAGAAGGGGGUCAUCACCAGGGUAACAAAGAAAACCAUGGCCAUCACCAACAUAGCCACACCCAUAGUCAUCACCAUAGUCAUGGUCAUCAUGACAGCAGCAAAGUGGAUAUAAAGGUGGCGUAUCGUCCCCGGGAGUCCCCCUACCCCCUCGUCAGUGUGAAGGAAGCCGUCCAAACCGUGCUGGAUAACACACCCCAGCUUGCCACGGAGACUGUUCACUUCAGAGCGUGCAUGGGACGGUUCCUGGCGGAAGACGUUUAUGCCAAAGAUCCCUUGCCUCCAUUCCCUGCUUCUAUUAAGGAUGGAUAUGCAGUUAUUGCAUCUGAUGGGGAAGGAAAGAGACUAGUUUCUGGGGAUUCCACCGCCGGAGAUGUGCCGGAUGGCACUGUCACGUCAGGCUACUGUGUGCGAAUCAACACAGGUGCUCCCCUACCCCUGGGGGCAGACGCUGUCGUACAGGUUGAGGAUACGCUGUUAGAACGUCAUGCAGACGAUGGACGCACAGAACUGGAAAUUAAGAUAAUGAAACUUCCUAAAGUUGGUCAAGACAUCAGACCCGUUGGUUCGGAUAUUGCUGAGGGAGAAAAGGUGUUAUGUAAAGGUCAGAGGUUAAGUCCAUCAGAAUUAGGAUUGUUAGCAACUGUAGGUGUAACCCACGUGGAAUGUUUCAAACAACCAGUCGUCGGGGUCAUGUCAACUGGAAAUGAGCUGUUGGAACCGGACGAGGCGUUAAAGGAAGGGAAGAUCCGUGACAGCAAUAGGACCACCCUGAUAGCACAACUACAAGAGCACAACUUCCCCGUCCUCGACCUUGGUGUGGCCAAAGACAGCCCCGAUAGCCUUUUGAAGUUGAUCAAAUCAUCUCUGGAGAAGGUCGAUGUCAUCGUGACCUCGGGUGGCGUGUCUAUGGGAGAGAAGGACCUCUUACGACACGUAUUACAGACAGAUCUAAAAGCAAAAAUACAUUUUGGACGAGUGUUUAUGAAACCAGGAAAGCCAACAACAUUUGCAACUGUAGACGAUGAAAAGGGAAGGCACCUGUUUUUUGGACUCCCAGGGAACCCUGUAUCCGCCAUUGUGACGUGUAACCUGUACGUCAUCCCAGCACUUAACAAAAUGCUUGGUAAUGCGAGUCCCGGGAGGACAGUGAUAAAAGCAAAGGCAGAAAGGGAUAUUCAUCUGGAUCCACGGCCGGAGUACCACCGUGUUUUGCUGAAAUGGAACCCCGAAGAGGACCUCCCGUAUGCAUGUAGCACGGGGAACCAGAUGAGCAGUAGGCUACUGAGCAUGUCGACAGCCAAUGGUCUACUCAUGCUUCCGCCGCGUACAAAUGGAAAAACUGUUGUUUUGAAGGGGGAAACAGUGGACGCAAUGAUAAUUGGUCGGCUAUGAUGCUGUGAACUCAUCACGUCACUCUUAUCCUUAACGAAAACACGCACGUCUAAUGGCAUGUCAGUAAAGGGAUUCUCGAAUGAUUGAUACUAAUUUAAUGACAAAUCAAACAGGGUGAAGGAUUAAAAUUACAUGCAGAUAUUAAUGAUAAGUUGAUUCACUGCAUCUAUUGUAAAAUUUGAUACACAAAUGAGAUAAUGGGUUUUAUAUUGAUUAUGCAGUUAUGUUAAGGUAUUCAAGUUAUGCAGACUUGUAAAAUAAGAUUAAGGAUUAAUUAUUUCAUUUACGCAGAGACCACACCGUUAUAAUUGGUCAUGGAUUAAUCAUCAUUAGCUGGGAAAUGUUGGAACAUUUCAUCAAAUGUUCAUUCAGCGAAAUUUUUCAAAAUUAAAUUUCCAAUGAGUAGA